CAGCAAUGGAGACGGCCAUUCGGUGGUCGCCGGCCUCGACGACCAGCGAGCAGCGCUUCCUGUCCGUGGACGUGGUGAACAAGGCCUUCCGCCUGUGUCGUGUGACGGCGUUCGACGGCCACCGCCGCCUCGAGCAUGAGGUCCUGUCGACGCACACCAAGGUGCCCGCCUUCCGGGCCUUCGACUGGUCGCCCAUGGACGAGUCCCUGGUCGCCGUGGGCCAGUCCUCGGGCGACGCGACCAUCCUGCGCAUGGCCGGCGACGUCCAGGAGUCCUUCUCCUUCCCCAUCCGCCACCAGCGCUACUGCAAUGCCGUCGCCUUCAGCACGCACGGCUUGCUGGCCGCCGGCCUGGACCGCGUCCGCAAUGACUUCUGCCUCAACAUCUGGGACGUCAACCAGCGCCUGACCAUGAAGGCCCCCGCCACCAAGGGGUUCGUCGAGCCCCUGCGCAAGUUGGCCAGCUCCGAGCCCAUCACCAGUAUCAAAUUCUUCAGGGAUCAGCCCGAUACCUUGGUCACCGGCGUGAAAGGGCAGUUUGUGAGGAUCUAUGAUCUUCGAGAGGGUCCUGGAAACCCGUCAUUACAGUUCCCCACGCGCUGCGUUCAUAAUCUGGCUAUCAAUUGGCUGGAUGAGAACUAUAUCGCCUCGUGUCAGGGGACGAAUGAUCCUGUGAUUUGUGUCUGGGAUCGGCGCAUCGGUUCGCGCUUUAUCACCCCCGCAGUGGGGGCGGCCACCCCUCUCGAGGCCGGCCAGGCUGGCCCGGCGCUGGAGUUCAAGAACGUUGUCGCUCCCAAGUCGAGCAUCUGGAGUCUACGCUUCUCGCGUACCAAGCGGGGCUGCCUGGCGGCCUUGGCCAACACGGGACAUCUCAAGACCUAUGACAUAGCCAAGGAAUACCUGGCGGAAGAUAUGCGGUCCUCGGUGGACGAGACGCUGGGGCAUGGCUCGGCCCGCAACUAUCCGGAGCAGAUUUAUACCAAGUAUGAGCGCGACAUCGUCGGUCCCUUCAACCACCCUUCCCGUGGCUAUGCCGAGGAGGACAGAGUCGUGGCCUUUGACUUCCUCAACAUGAGCUCCGGCAACGAGCCCAGUGCGAUCACUAUGAACGGUACCGGGCAGAUCAGCAUUUUCACGUCCAAACCUCCCUCGCCUCCUGUACGGCUCUCGUCACAAGGCUCCCUGAUAUGGGGUUCCUCGGAUGAUGACUCCGACUUUAAAGUGAUCAGCCCCCCGUCCAACCCGGAGACUGGCAUAGCGGAGAUUGUGCGCGAUGUACGGGACCGGGUGUCGGCGCAGACUGGGACGCCAGAGCACGGAUCAGAAAGUCCUCUUUCAAGCCGAAAGGCCCGAGAGCGUGCUAUCUCGCUCGGAACAGCAGGCGACCCUCUUGCCGUGGAAGAUGCAUUGACAUUACUGUCCAUCAGCAGACUCCGAUGCAAGGAGGGCUAUCUUUUUGAUGAAACCCGGAACAAGAAGAUAUUGGCAGAUGACCCCUGGCUUCAGGGAUUCUGGGACUGGGUUGAACGUGCGCGGUCUGCCUCAUCCAAUGAAUCGAUGAUCAUCAACGGAUUGGAUCUGAACUACUUGGGGGUCUACGACGUGUGGAACGGUGAUUUGGUGGAGAGCCUGGAAGCACGGCGCGUGAGCUCGGAUCCACCGCCCGACAUCAACGAGACGAUUGUCCACCUGGUUCGCGAGCAGCUGAAUUUACCAGAAACCAAGGGCUGCGAGACAGACUAUGCAGAACACCGACGACUGUGUCUACGAAUCUGCGGCGCCGCGCAAUCAUACCGUGAAUUAGAAGAGCUGGUGAAGAACCUGUCGGCAGAUAAGCAGCACACCAAGGCCGCCGCGUUGGCCAUCUUCCAGGACGAACCCAAGCUAGCCUACCUAGCGUUACGAAGCCAUGAGCCAGCCCAAGCGCACAAGCUUCUCGCCAUGGCCAUUGCCGGCGCUGCGAAAGGCGACACCGACCCGGACUGGGAGGAAACCUGCGCCGAAAUCGCCAAGGAGCUGACGGACCCGUACGCGAGGGCUAUCCUGGCGCUGGUCAGCCGCGGGGACUGGAACUCGGUCAUCCAAGAGACCACGCUUCCUCUGCGGUACCGCAUCGAAGUCGCCCUGCGCUGGCUUCCGGACGACGACCUCACCACGUACCUGCACGAAGCGACGCAGGAAGUCAUUCGACAGGGCGACAUCGAGGGCGUCGUGCUCACGGGCCUCGGCCACUCGGCCAUGGACCUGUUCCAGUCCUACAUCAACAAGUUUCACGACAUCCAGACCGCGGUGCUCGCGAUGAGCCACACGGUGCCGCGGUUCAUCAACCACCCGCCGUACCGCACCCGGUUCCAGGCCUGGCGCGAGACCUACCGGUGGCAGAUCAACAGCUGGAAGCUGCAGCUGGAACGGGCCCGGUUCGACGUCGGCUCGCGCAAGUUCGCCGUGACCUGGGACGGCCGCAAGCUGAUGGACCCGCCGCGCCAGCAGAUCAGCCUCACCUGCAACUACUGCACGCGGCCGCUCACGCAGCACGACGCCUCGUCGCAGCUCACGCCGGCCGCCACGGGCGAGGUGGUGCACCCGACGGCCGGCAACCCGCUGGGGACGGCCGCCAUGUCCGGCACCGUCUGCCCCCGGUGCGGUCGCCAUAUGCCGCGCUGCGGCGUCUGCACGCUCUGGUUGGGGUCCCCGGAUCCCAUGUCCAAGGCGUACGUGGCGGCCGAUGCGGGCGGCGCGGAGAACCGACGGCCGAGCGAGUCGGAGCUGAUGCGCCGGUUCAUUGUGUUCUGCAUCAAUUGCAACCAUGGCUUCCACGCCCACCAUGCGCGCGAGUGGUUUGCGAAGCACAAGGUCUGUCCGGUGGCGGAGUGUAGCUGUAUUUGUGAUCGAUGACCUGGGAGGGAUGACUUGCAAGGAGGUGAGGGAUGUGAUCUGUGAUAUACCCAUUUUAGCAUCGUCAAUGGUAAUAGCGAUAGACCAGAGCCAGAAAGAUUAAGUGGUUGUAGAGCUAGACCGGACGGUUACCGUCCAUGCGCAAAAAGUGGG